CGAAUCGGGGCCGCGCGCGCAGGAAGGCUGAUGAUCAUCACAGAGUCGUCACGUCACGGAUCCGCAGCGACCGAUAGAGAUGCUGAGGUGACAGGCAGAAGGAGAAAAGGGACGAUCUCAUUCAGACAUAUUUCAGCCACGCAUCAGCUCGUUUUAUUUAUUUUCUAACCACCGUCGCGACCGCCGCCAUCUCUUCUUCAUGGACGCUUCUCUCGCGAUGGGAUUCCGCUCGAUGUCCCCGCCGCCUCCUUACGUAGAGGAUUUUUUGUAACCACACCCGGCUCUUCCCUGGAUCAAGGAUUGGCAGCAAAGACCCGAGGGUUCUCCAUCAGGCCCAAAUGCCCGUCCCAGUCUGAGGCAGCUGGUCGAGGGGGAAGCAGCGAGGACAUCGUCCCUGGUCCACAGACGGGAUGAGCGGGGGAGCGGAGCAAGCUGACAUCCUAAGCGUGCUCUCCCUGGUCAAGGAACGAUGGAAAGUGGCGAAAAAGAUUGGGGGCGGCGGGUUCGGGGAGAUCUACGAGGCGGUGGACCUGCUGACCCGGGUCAGCGUGGCGCUGAAGGUGGAGUCAGCCCAGCAGCCCAAACAGGUGCUCAAGAUGGAGGUCGCCGUGCUCAAGAAGCUCCAGGGUAAAGACCACGUGUGUCGCUUUGUGGGAUGUGGCCGCAACGACCGCUUUAACUACGUGGUGAUGGAGCUUCAGGGUCGUAACCUGGCCGACCUGAGGAGGAGUAUGACGCGGGGAACCUUCAGCAUCAGCACCACGCUGCGUCUGGGGCGCCAGAUCCUGGAGGCCAUAGAGAGCAUCCACUCUGUGGGCUUCCUGCAUCGUGACAUCAAACCGUCCAAUUUCGCAAUGGGCCGAUUCCCGAGCACCUGUCGAACCUGCUACAUGCUGGACUUUGGUUUAGCUCGUCAGUUCACCAACUCUUGCCAGGAAGUCCGACCUCCCCGUCCAGUAGCAGGGUUCAGAGGAACAGUCCGCUAUGCGUCUGUCAAUGCACACAAGAAUAAGGAGAUGGGUCGUCACGAUGAUCUAUGGUCUCUCUUCUACAUGCUGGUGGAGUUUCUAGUCGGUCAGUUGCCAUGGAGGAAGAUCAAGGACAAGGAACAUGUGGGGAAGCUGAAGGAUACUUACGACCAUCGUCUGAUGCUCAAACACCUGCCGGCAGAGUUUGGUGUCUUCUUGGAACACAUAUCCAACCUCGACUACUUCACCAAGCCGGACUACCAGCUGCUGAUGUCAGUGUUUGACAACAGCAUGAAAACCUACAAUGUUGUGGAGAAUGACCCUUAUGACUGGGAGCGGACCGGCACUGAUGGCACUUUAACGAUUAGUGCCAGUGCCACGACACCGCAGCAUCACACCCGCCUCACUCCGGCACACAUGGGUAUGGCGAACGCCUCCCUGAUCCCCGGCGACCUGAUGAGGGAAAACACAGAUGAGGUUCUGCAGGACGAGCAGCUCAGCGACGUGGAGAACAACCCCGCUCCGGACCGCCUGCCGGGCUCUCCCCUCCACCCGCACCGCAACCAGGAGGCUGACGUCUGGGAGGAGCUGGACCGCAACCGUAACCGCAUCAGGACGGCAGUCUGGAAGGCAGCGACAGAGGAGGAACACAGCAAUAACCACGGCAACCACGGACACCAGAGCCCGUACGCUGGGCCGAGCCUGGGUUCUCCAGUUAAACUGCAGUCUGAGGUGGCGGCUUCAGACCGUGACGGCCCCCUGCUGAGGAAGCUCCGCAACAUUCAUAGCUUUGAACUGGAGAGGAGGCUCGGCCUGGAGUCCAAGCCCAGUCCAGAGCGCUUCCUGGAGACCGGCUCAGGGAAGCAGCAGCUCGGCUCCCAGCAGCAAGAGAAGGAGGCUGACGGAGCUGCAAUCAUCCCAGUCACUCAGGGUCAAGCUGAGCCUGCCGGGGAGCGUCCUGAUCGGGUCUGGCACUACGACGAGGAGUUCUUGUCUGGUGGUGGUUCUCCUAAGCCGGCAUCCUGUGGAUCUCUGGAGCAUGGAGAGGGGGCAGCCAGCAGCGGGGGCUUUGUGGCCCUCAAUCUGAGCUCUGGGAGGCAGGACGUUGACUCGAGGGAGUGGGUAAUGGUGGAGCGGCCCAGUGGCUCUCCAGAAGCUAAGGUUACCACCAGCCCCUCGGAGGAGGAGGAGGAGCCAGAGGUGCUCCAGCCAGGGGAGGAUCAGUCUCCUGGAUGGGGAAAGGGCUGCCCAAGCCCAAACUCUGGCAAAGCUAAGCAAGAAAGCAUGACUUCCUCCAAGGGAAGUGCAAAAGUGAACAAGUUGGAGCUUAGCGUGGGCCCUGCCGGGGCCCUGCCCCCCGUCACUCCUACCAGCCCGGCUGAAGCCCUGGCUGAGGGAGUUCUCACUCAGCUCCCCACCUCUCCUCCAUCCCUGCCUGAGGAGGUCGUGAUCCGGACAUCCAGCCCCAUCCCUCUGCGCUCUCCCAGCCCUCACACACUCCUGACCACCUUGUCGGACCCGUUGCACCUGCGCCAGCCGCCGGGCAUGAGGCGCAGCCUGUCCGUCGACCCGCAGCAGCAGGAGCGCCCCUCCUCUUCCUCCUCCUGCCACGCCUCCCUUCCACUACCAACAAACCCCGCCCCCGGCACCCGCUCACCCAGUCGCAGGAAACUGCCGGCCAUCCCGCCGGGUGCUGCCAACGCCAAGUUUCCCUCUGUCAUACGCAUCACUCGUGCACAGCUUCAGCAGUUGACAGCUCAGCGUCCCUCUGGGCUGUCCUCCCAGUCAGGAUCAGACAGUGCUCCACAGUGCCUCCUGCUGGAGAGGCGUGGUGAAGCUGAAGCUGAUGCUCAGCAGGCUCAGGAGCGCACAGCGGACAUCAGCUCCCCCCAGGACCAUGAGCCCCCCCAUGCAGGGACACCCACAGACCCUCUGGCUGAGAUGCUGCUUAAUGGAGACACCAGAGCUCAAAGCCCUACGCCACACCGUACAUCUUCCCCACGCUCCCCCCGCUCUCCACACACGCCUCCCCUGCGCUCGCCUUCCUCUCCACGCUCUCCUCGCUCUCCCCACUCCCCUCGCAGCCCUUUGUUUACCAACGGCCACCUCUCCCCUCCUGUGAACAGCCAAAGGGAUUUCAAUAACGGAGCUUUCCCGAAGCUGAAAGACCCUGAGAAUGAUUCUGGCUCGACCCCCUGUGCCACAGAGCUUCAGCUAAGGGAUGAGGGGAGCAGAGAAGUGAACCCAGAUCAGACUAAAAGACCCGCCUCCUCUCCGGCUGCCUCCCGUAAGGACCCGAGCCGGAGGCAAAGUCGCAUCCCAGUCCUAGAGCCCUCCAGCCUGCUGGAGCUCCCUCCUGCAGGGUCUGCUAAGGAGAAACUCCUGCAGAAGAAAGCUAACCACCAGGGCCCCGUCCCCUCUCCCACCGCCUCACCGUCCCUCUCUGACCGCCGCGGCCCCAUGGUGGCCUCCCUCGCCAGGGACCCUCUGUCCUCCACCUCUGAUCGCUCUCAGGAAGAGGACUCUCUAAUGGGCUCCCGUUCUGACCGCCAGGGAGAUGAUGCUCCCUCUCUCUCCUCCUCCUCCAGCCCUCUGUCGCGCAAGAGCCGGAUCCCUCGUCCCGUUCAUUCAGCUUCCUCUGCUGAGCAGCUGGCUGCCCAAUUUCUGCCGCGCCCGCCUCCUGGAAAGCCACCUUGUCGCCCCACAGCGGAGGGCAGGCUUCGGCGUUACCGCAUCCGAGCUGGCAGCAACAGUGACUCAGACCUGCUGACCUGCCUUGCUCAGCUGAUGCACGGUUCCCGCGGCUCGCCCCUUCACCACCGCUCCUCCGCCCAGCACGGGGGCUCCAGGAUGGGCAUCUGCAGCCUGACGAGCUCUCCGCACCACCACCGCAGCUCCAGCGCCUCCCCACGCAGCUCCUCCUCCCUGCAGCGCUCCGUCAGCUCCUCGCCCUCCCGCCACGAGCACCGUGGCGGCGGGGGAGGGGGCUGCCUGGGCCGCAGCCGCUCGCCCCCCAGCUUCUCCGGCUCGCCACCUCCACGCCGCUUCUACCCACACCACCAGGAUUCGUGCUGCAGCCGCCAGGCUCGCACGGGCCCUUUCCACCUGUCCAGGGGAAAAGUCUGCAGCCGAGAGGGCAAGUGCUCCAGCAAGCUGGGCAGAUAGUCGCCCACCGGGUUGGGCUGCCACAGCAGAGGAUGGGAAGACUCUUAUUCUGAUAGGGUAGACCGCAGUCAGGAUAAAAGCCUGAGUCUUCCUGUUUAAGUUUCCCCCUUUUUCGCUGUAAGUCUGAACCUUGAACUUGUCUUGCUGUUUCCCAAUGUUCUCUUCUCUCCCUAUAUUUGCACACAGGGUUUGUUUAUUUAUGUGCCCAGCCUUAAAGAGGUACUCCAGCGAUUGAGUUACGCUUUUUCCAUAAAGUUGGGAGACUUGUAAGCAACAGAUUUGAGGAAAGAAUGAUCAAAAUCUGUGAGCAGAAUCCUGACUUUUAGUCGGUUAGGCUCCAAAAAGCUGGUUCCUUCAUUCCCAUAAUGCAACUCAAUAGCAUAACACCAUGUCCUAACUGAAUGUGAUGCAACAAUAUCAGUUUGGUUGCAUUGUUUUCUAUUGGAAUGUCCUCACUGGUCACAGUCUGAUGCAGCAGAUACAAACCUUGUGUGUAAAAUCUCUGGAGUUCCCCUUUAAGACGUAUUAGACAACCGACACUGACAUGUCGGGGUCCUCGUUUUAUUUAUAGUAUCAUGUUGUAGAGCAAAAUAGCCUGGCUGCAAAAUUAAACAGUGAUUUCCCAUUGCAGGCAGACCUAAAACAUUUAAAUCAAUAGUUAGUUGGGCCAGUGGGCACAUAAAUAAAUCCUGUUUACUCAUCUUCAUGCAUCCUGCACCACAGUAUAAUAUAACUUAUUUAUCCCUGGUAAUAAUGCACUUGGAUUAUACUGAUGGAAUAUCAGUAUAGCUGAUCACAACUUUAUUAAAUAUUGGCCUGGGGUUGACCUCAGUUAAUCUCCUCUGCAUUCGGAGAUUGCAGGCAGGGUAUGAUAUUUACUUUAUGCUAUAUGUGAAUGCAUAAAGCCAGAAUUUGUGUACAGUUGUAUUUAUUGAGAUAUUUAUUUUGAUGCUUAGCGACGCUUACGACUCCUCUUCUUCUUCUGUGUGAUAGUGGAUGUAUGGUUUUGUGUCUCUCAUAUUUAAAUGUUUAAAUCGAAGGGAUUGCUCCAAAGUGACCCUUUUAUACAAUCAAUCAUGUCAAGUGCGUGAGGACACACACCUUUUUGUGCCUACUGUGUUGCCGUUAAGAGGGAAUCAAAACGUCCCUCUGACUGGAGGGAUUACAGGUUGUGGUAGCUGUUCAGUAGUAGCAGUAAUAGGAAGCAACACAAGGUGCAUUACUGACGAGUAAUGUUCAGACACAGAUGUUUGUCUCAGCGUGUGCCUUGGCACUUUGGGCAGCUUGAGGAUUCACUUUGUUUGUAAUUAGACAAAAAAAAACAAGGAGCCAAAAACAGACUUGUGCCAGCGGUUAUAAGACGACCCUUUUCGCCAGUAUUCUUUUAGAAAAGGUAGCAACACAGAUGUUUGUAAAUCAAACACAAUUUGAGCAACAGCUGACUUGAGUAGCUUUUAUUUAUAAUAACAAAAUGGAAGUAUUUAGGGAUGGGAAUUGAGAAGAUGUUAUUGAUGCCAAUGUAGUUACUGAUUCAGCUUAUUGGUUUGGUUCUUUAUCGUAUCCCUUAUUGAUCCCUGAUCACUUUUUUGUGCAGGGAAAAAAGGCUUACGCAGGUUUUCAGUGUCAAUGCAGCUAAGUCUGAACACAGUGUAGCAACAUCUGCCUGUCUUCACCUAUGAAUGGAUGAAAUUAAUAUGAAUAUUUGGAUAGCAUUUGUUUUUAUCCAUUAAAAACAGUACACAUAACACAACGAUAUGAAGACACGACAGUAAAUGCUCAAAAUAAAGAAGAAAAGGAGAGAUAAUUUGACAAAAAAAUAUAUAAAUAUAUAAAUAAUGAGACAAAAUAAAAGUACUAGGAUCCCUUCAGUAAUUCAUAUAAUCAGAAUAGUACUACUGAUAAAUUAAGAAACAGAAAUAUACAUAUGAUAUGGAAUCCCUAUGUAAUUCACUGGAGUACAUUUUUUUCCCCAUUUCAUCUUAUUUUGUGCUCAUUAUGGUUUGUAGCAAUUAUUUUUUUUCCAAAAGGUAUUGGCUUUGCAAUGUAUUUUCGAAGGAAACUUAAAUUGAGAGGAGUUAUUGUGUGAAUUUUUUACACAACAAAAUAAUUAAUAAAAAUUAAAUAUUUAUUAAUGAGGGAUGAUUUCCAUCCAGUACCCCCAAACACAACUUCUAAAGAAUUUAAUUCCCCAAAUCAUUUAGGUUUUCUUAUUCAAAGAAAAAAAAUGCAGUGUAGAUGCACAAGUGUGAAGUCACUGUUUUGUAAUGUGCAACUGCCAAAAAAACAUGCCUGCAUUGACAAAAACAAAUGUUAAGAUUAAAGCCAUACCAUUCCGAUGGAUCAGAUCAUUUGGAGCAAGUUCUCAAUUCCCAUCCUAUUUCUAGGUAAAACCCUUCUUAACUGCCCUGUAAACCAGGUCAGUGUUGGAGAUAAAACAUUGAAAAAAAUGUGAAUUUCAGACCUCAAAAAACAUUUUGUCAAAUGUUAUUAAAAAUGGAGGCCAUAUGUAAAUAUAUUUCUCACACCAAAAUGAUGUUCCAUGCUUCCAUGUGCAAGAAUGUUUAGGUUUUUUUUGCUCCUCCUGCUCCGGAGAAUGUCUUUUAUACAACGACAUACAGUAUGUUUGUGCACAAGGGAAAGGAAUCAGAGUAUUGUUUGUGUUUGAUUUAGUUAGGAUUCCUCACUGAAAUCUCCUCCACAACCUCCUCCUCCCACUCCUCUGCUUGUAAGAUACUGUAAGAUAACUCCAGCUUCCUUCCAAUGCUACUCUUUGCAUGCUCAACAGAGAAAACACGACUACUGAGUAAAAAGCUGCAUAGCACUUCCCAUCACACGGCAUCUAUCUUGUGAAGAUUUUAACCUAGCAGUGACUUCAUUACCUUUCUGAUCUAUAUAUUUUCUCCGACCCAUCUUGAUAUUCUUUCACUAUUCCUCUUCCCACCUGAUGUAUGGCGAGUUUUUUCUGCGCUUAUGCACUGACUUGGGAUGAUUGUGUUGCUGAAAUAUGAGAGACUGUAUUUUUUACUAGUGCAACUAGCUGACAUGAUGCACAAAAGCGAAAAAGGAGAAUAGACUUUGCUGCAUUUUAAGCACUUGUAUUAUAGGAAACAUCAGUUGAAAGAAAUGGCCAUCAGGCCUCUAAUAAGACAUAUACAGAAGCCCUGAGAUGCAAGUGAGAAAAAUAAUUCUGGUGAUCCAUUUUCUAAGACUAAUCUAAAAUAUUUUCUCUCCUCUGUUUGUGACUUAAGAAUAGGUAAAAUGCAUAAAGUAGUGAAUGAUAAUUAUUAUAGAAAUAACUCAUUUUUUUCAUCUGUUUGAAUUUAUUUUUACUUUUUACUUUUGGUUGUCAGUUUUGGUGCAAAUCAAGUUUUGUCAGGUGAAUGUUUGUUGUUGUAAUACUCAUUUUGGCCACAUGAGGUCGAAAGUGCACCUCUACUACAUUUUCUGAAUAGGACUUAAACCAUUUAUUCUUAUGCUUAUUUUUUUUCUCCUUGCACUCCUAAAUCAAGGUGCUUGUAUUGAGUUAUUUUGAGUUAGUUAAGUGUCAUGUCGUUAGAAGAUUAGCAGCAAAGAAAUUUGUUUUACAGUUCAGGUUUCUUGUUGAUCUUUAAGUCUGAAAAUGUAUUAAAUUCACUUAUUGAAAAAUAAGGCCUAAAUUGGUAUAAAAUGUCUUAAAUCAAUCAUUCAAAAAAAAAUCUUAAACACUAAAACAUUAUGAUUUAGCAAGAUUUAUGAAAAAUAAUUCUGUUUCCUUUUCACCAGUUCUAGUCAGGCACAUUGGAGAGAAAAUAAUUUAGAUCAGACAUAAAAACAUGGAUCGCCCAUAGACUGAAGGAAAAAGUGGACAUAGUCACUUGCCAUCUUGGUUUAUAGCUGUUGCCAUAUUGGUAAACUACUGCUAGCUAGCUAGCUUGAUUAGCAAGGGACAAUCCAAUCCGACAAACUGACUCUUUAGUAUCGUUUAGUCCAGACGAACAUUGAAAAAGACAUUUUAAGUGACCAAAAGACCAAAACACACAGUACACUGUUAGUGACCUGUUAAUCACAAGGUAGCCGCACCCUAAAGCAUACCCUGCUUAUGUCCAUUUUACUAUAAAUAUGUCUAUAAUUUACAAAAUGCAAAUCAUGCAAAUGAAAAUCAUUGAAGAACACUUGACACUAGUGACCAUAAACUCAUUAAGAAAAUGUUUACUGAGAUAAUAAAUCAAUACAUACAAACAGACUUCUUUUUGCAACCAGUGGAGUCGCCCCCUGCUGGCCAUAACAAAGAAUGCAGGUUAAAGGCACUUCAACAUUGGCUUCGCUUUUCCAUUUUUUCCCCCUACUUGCCUCUCAGGGCUUCAGUCGAAAAAGCUGCACACAUGAACGAAGAAAAAAAAUCACUUUGCCAAAUAUUUUGAUAGAUUUUGCAGAUGUGGUUUGAUUUGUGAUGCGAUAACAAACAUGGGAGCGCGCAGAGACUGAAUGGGCACAUUGCUUUGUAGAUAUAUAAAGUGUGCUGUUUCAUGCAGAUCUUGCAGAUACCUACGCGAGCCUCACAGAGCAGCUAUGAUGACUCAUCCUGAAGGCAGACAGCGUUCAGUCAGUCAGUCGCCUUAAUGUCUCCUCUCUGCCCCUCUGUGCAUAGCGAGGGAUGACUGAGCCUUGUCUGUGCUGGAGAUCAUUCCACUAUUUGGGCCAAGCCAAGCCUUCCUGUCACUUAUCUCUUGUGUGUAAACGGCAUGUGCUACCAUGCCUGUCAGCGUGGUCAAUAUAUAUCACCACUGAAAUCUCAGACUCUUGUGCUUACAAAGCUGUGCUUUUUCCAGAGAGAGGUCCCUGUUUUUCUGUGAGAAUGCGUGGGCCCAUUUAUCGAUCGACUGCUGGAAAUGGAAAAAAAAAAUCAGGGUUGCAGCAUUAAAGGUGUGUUUGUUAGUGUGAUGACUGUAUGCUCUCAAACAACGACGUGUAAUUUCUACCUGUCGCCAGCAAUCAAUCUUUGAAUCCUCCCUCUUUCGACUCUCACAGAUUUCAAGCUUUCAGAGUUCAGAACGCUGUUGUGCAGACUUUUAAUAUAUACCUGUAAAAUAUAAAGUAAUUAUUUAAAUAAAAUAAUUAUUGUAAAACCAUAACUUAUACGCUAACAGGCUUCUGUGAAACGGAGGAAUAGACACUAAACAGUGCUGCUGGUUUUAAAAGAUAAUCAGAUUUCUUCUCAUGUUUAUUUUAAAGUAUUAUUGCACAUGAGUGGUGUGAAGUUGUAGUACUAGUGUUACCUUCCAGAAGAGAUUUCCUUUGUCACUUUUUAAAGUGGUCUGCUAAUAGAAAGUGUCAUAUUUAUAGUAGCUUGCCGGGUAUUUGUGGUUACAGAUAUCCAAAGGCCAACAGAACAAACCCAGCUGUUUUUAUUUUAUUUUGAAAGGUGAAACUAAUGAAAGCUUUGGUGUGCACUGGUACACUUCUCAUGUCAUAACAUCAGAUUACUUGUUAGUAACUUAUAAAUACUUGACAGAAAUUAUUUAUUGUGACUUUUGCUAAUUUGCCCAUCCAUCAUUUUGACUUCAAUUGUCAGGAUUUUUUAAUGGUUGAUAUUUUUGUGUUGUAAUGUACGUCAUGGUUUUGAAAUGUUACUGUACAGUCUCAAGGAAAGAAUGUAACAAGUGGGAGUUUUGCAUUGUAUAUAACUGUAAUUAUUUAUGUUUAUUCUAUCAUUUGUAUCAUAUCAAUGCCUUGUACAGUGUUUCUUUUUCUUUUUUGUUUUAAAA